ACCUCGCCACCUCCUGAAAAUUUUGAUUGGAGUAGCGUAAUCCUUCACAAUUUGGACCGCUAGUCCGUAGGUGGUGGGUGGUUACAUCGAUUAUUGCAAUGCUUGCUUUUUGACUUUAUACUCGGAAUAGGGUACAUAUUACGGUCAGAAGACAUUGUUCCUUCACCAAAACUUUCCGGCUCCAAAUCUGUUCAGGAAGAAGCAAACAAAACCCUUCUCAGUUUCUGAGAACUGCAAACAUUUCUACUCUAUCACAGCAUCUGAAACGGUUCAAUUUCCACACUUUUUCCGGGAAUGCUCAAGGAAAUUACAGUGGUCUUGUUGAUUGGAUUGUUGGCAUGGACAUAUCAGGCCAUCCAGCCUCCUCCUCCUCAGAUUUGUGGAUCUCCAGGUGGCCCUCCCAUUACAGCACCUAGAGUAAAGCUAAGGGAUGGAAGAUAUUUGGCCUACAAGGAACAUGGUGUAUCAAAAGAUACAGCCAGAUACAAGAUCAUUUUCGUCCAUGGCUUUGCCUCUGGCAGAUAUGAUGAAGCAAUCGCCACAAACCUCUCCCCGGAAGUUAUUGAGGAACUAGGGGUGUAUGUUGUGUCAUUUGAUAGACCGGGUUAUGGAGAAAGCGAUCCUAACCCAAAACGAACAUUGAAGAGUAUGGCUCUGGAUGUAGAAGAGCUUGCAGAUCAGUUAGGUCUCGGUUCCAAAUUUUACAUAAUUGGAUUGUCAAUGGGAGGGCAUACUGUCUGGAGCUGUCUUAAGUACAUCCCUCACAGGCUAGCCGGAGCAACACUGUUGGCUCCAGUGGUGAACUACUGGUGGCCUGGCUUUCCAGCCAACUUGUCUACAGAAGCAUACCGCAAGCAGUCACUUGCAGACCAAUGGACCCUACGGGUUGCUCGUCAUAUCCCCUGGCUGACCUACUGGUGGAACACUCAGAAACUGUUUCCAGCAUCCAGCGUUGUGGCACUAAGGCCUGGUAUUUUCUCCAAACAAGAUAUACAGCUGCUUCCCAAAAUUUCUGGUAGACAACAGCACAAGCCCCGUGUAACUCAGCAAGGAGUGUACGAGUCUUUGCACCGGGACAUGAUGAUUGGAUUUGGGAAAUGGGAAUUCGAUCCAAUGGACUUGGACAAUCCUUUCCCGGAUAAAGAAGGCUCUGUUCAUCUAUGGCAGGGUGAUGAUGAUAGGCUUGUGCCAGUUAGGCUACAAAGCUACAUUGCCAAAAAACUUGGAUGGAUUCAGUACCAUGAGUUACCUGGAUCUGGGCAUAUAUUUCCCUAUGCUGAUGGGAUGAGUGAAGCCAUCCUAAGGGCACUCCUAUUUGGAGAGGGGAACAGUAGCCUAUAAAGGAGGCAUUUUUCACUUUCUUUGCCUCCAAGCACACACUGAACAGAGAAUGAAGAAGUUGAUUGACAACAAAUUUUAUUUUGAUAUGACUUGUAUUAAACUGGAAAUUGAAUUUGAAGUUUGAGUUUUUAUUUGUUGAUGGUUUGCUCGGUUACUAGUAAUUAGAUUUCAAAGAAUUUAUUCAUUUAAGAAACUAAAAGGGUGCAA